UGCAACAAUGAGUUUAACUAUUUGUUGCACACGUGGGGGCUAAACACACUUUUGGGAACAAACCACGCGUUAUUUUGAGACUUUGUUUUGUUAUGGGCGUGGGACGCGUCACCUGUCAAUUAUUGGUAAAAAAUGUCGGACCGGAAGAAGAAAAUCGUGCUGUUGGACGGUUCUUUCGGCUUCCAGUUGAGUAAGUACGUCUCAAAAUCACUCGAUGGGGACCCUUUGUGGAGCGCCAGGUCUUUGGCGUCGGACCCGGAGGCUGUCAUUCGCGUCCACUUGGAUUAUAUCAAAGCCGGUUGUGAUAUAAUAGAAACAAAUAGUUACCAGGCUAGUGUACCGGGUUUCAUGAAAUAUUUAAAUCUCUCAAAGGAGGAGAGCUAUAAUCUAGUAAAAAAGUCAGUCGUUUUGGCAAAAACCGCAAUUGAGAGGGCGCAAAAAGAGGGAAUUUUGCAAGGUGACGCAAAACCGCUGAUUGCUGGUUCAGUGGGGCCUUAUGGUGCUUAUUUACACGAUGGGUCUGAAUAUAACGGUUAUUACACCGACAGGAUUUCAAGGGAGGAGUUUGUAGAUUAUCACAAGUCGCGAAUUGAUGCUUUGAUUGAGGGCGGGGUUGAUUUACUGGCAAUUGAGACAAUUCCGAGUAAAAAAGAAGCGGAAAUUAUUGUUCAGUUGAUCAAAGAGUAUCCAGAUAUCAAAGCGUGGCUUUCAUUUAGUUGUCAAACCGAGGGGGCUUGCACAGCACACGGCGAUAAUUUCAAAGAUGCCGCAACCUCGUGUUAUAAACUGAAUCCAGAUCAGAUCCUUGCGGUGGGGGUCAAUUGUAUAGCCCCCCAUGCCGUGGAGCCCCUCUUAAAGGAAAUUACCGACAUUCCCUUGAUAGUUUACGCCAAUAGUGGGGAGAAAUAUGACCCCGAUUUAGGGUGGGACAAUAAUUGCGAAAAGCUGGAGGAAUAUGUGCCAGUUUGGCUAAACUUGGGGGUGAAAUAUAUCGGGGGUUGUUGCCGAGUGUGCGAUAAUUACAUAACGAAAAUCGCAGAUGAGGUGCGCAAGUGGGAGGAAAAUAACUCGUAAAGCAUUUAUUCGAUAUCUCUACAUUUAAUAAAUCUUUUGAUAAAGUUUA